AUUUUCUAAAAAAAUAUGCAAGAGUGCAAAAAAGAACAAUGGCGUUGAAUGAAAAGGGGACCGUAGGGCUUUUGGUGGUUUGUAUUUUUGUAUUUUACUGCUUUUAGAAAACGCCUGCUGCCUUUAUUGGGCCAAGUGCCUUUAUAUCGUCUUUGUGUGUAUAAACAUCUCAUUAUAUCCUUGGCAGCCGCUACUUCAACUAUUCCGCGCAACCUAUAGGCCACCGUUCAGUUCUCUUCUCUCCAAAUUAUUUUUAUUUCUAUUUCUCCUCCAACCACACUAUCACUACUAUCAUUACUAUUAUUGCUUACGCCAGCAUCACAGUUGCACUCCAAGUUUUCGUACCGAACCUACGCAUCUCCAAAAGCAGCAUGACAACAGCCACUCGCGCAUCCGGCUCCGGGGACAUUUCCAUGGCCGACGCCAAGGUAGAGGGCACUGGUAUUGACGCUACCUUUGAGUUCAUCCCUGCCGAAGAUAAGACAGGCCUCCAGAUGGUUAUUUCUGCCAGCGGACUGAAAAAUGGCAUACUUUAUCCGUACCAUAUCCACACCAACGUGGUUCCCUCCGAUGGAAACUGCACUGGUACUGGUGGUCAUCUGGAUCCGUUUGAGAUUAAAUCCAAAGCCGGAACCAGCUACAAGUGCGACAAGACCAAGGCCCAGUCAACCUGCGAGCUGGGUGACCUGGCUGGCAUGUUUGGCAACAUGACUGCCGGUGCGAACGGCAAAUUUUCUUUGCGUGUCCCUGACUCCAUCCUCACGUUCUCCGGAAGCAACGCCAUCCUCGGUCACUCUAUUGUCAUUCACGGCCCCGACAAUGCCCGCCUGGCCUGCGCCAACAUCACUGGCUAUGCUGUAACCUCCAACGCCUCUGCCAACGAGAAGUCGGACAAGAGCAGCACCUCGGGCGCCUCUUCUGUCGCUGUUGCUGGCGCUUUGGCCGUCAUGGCCGCUGCUCUUGCCAUUUAGAGCGGCAAAAGAUCCCUCAAAGCCCUUCUUUUUUUCCAAGGCAAAAGUACUAGAUAUUUGUUCUCUUUGCAUCCCC